GUACCUUUUACUUUGCUUUUUUCUCUCUUAUCCAUUCCCUACUCUCUCUCUCUAAACCCUAGUCUUCUCUCUCUCAUCGAAUUCUUAAUCGCAGGCCAGGUAUUAAAACUAAAGCCCUAGAACUUCUGGAUUCUUGAAAAAAAUGAGGGUCUGAGAACGGGGACCAUGGCAUUGAUAGCCCAUCAAACGCAGGGUCCUUAUCAACCUGCGUUUUUGAGGCCUAAAUCAUGGAGGCAAGGGACAAAGCUUAGAUCUUUUCUAGCUUUUCAGUUUGUUGAUAAAACAGCUGCAUUUAUUCCAUUGAAACAUCAUUUAUAUUUGAGAUCCCAUCCUAUUAAUUUGUCGAAGAGAAAACCUUUUCAAGUCUUGUCAUUUAAAGGCAGUACCCAGAAUGAUGAAUCAGAUCAUAGCAAUGGUAGUUCCAAGUUCACCAAAACCCCUGUUCAGUUAUGUAAAACACAAGAGGAGAAAGAAGUGAUAAAGGAAUCUCUGGAUGAACGAACUCAGUCGAUAUCCUAUGCAUCUGAAGACAGAGAAGACAUAACAGCGGGAUCUCUUUCGAUUCAAAAGUUAUUCAGUAAGUGGCUCUUGAUGUUGUGGACACAGACUUUGAGUCCAUCAAAUGCGGUUUCGGGUGAAAAAAUGGGAGAAAGUGAAGCAUCUGACAGUCGGAAAGUACCAUUCAGAGGGGAAGCAGGACAAGUAUUGAAAUCCAUGGUGUUGCAUUUCCUGAAACUUGAUGCAGCAAUUAGUCUCCCAAUGUUGAUCUUCAUUCCCUUCUACCUUACAGUCAGAACGGUGUAUGGAGCUGAAGUCACGAAGGAAUUAACUCCGAUGUGGGUUAUUGGACCACUGAUUGUUGCUCUCUAUGUAAAGAUUAUACGCGUUCUUUGUUCUCUCUAUAUCUUUUGUCUUAUAUCGGCUAUCAGAUUAGUGAAGAACUUGCCAUCCUACUAUCUGUUGGUCUAUAAUUACAUAUCCGACGGAAAACUGAAAGCAUAUUUAUAUGUUCGUUUCUGGAAGCCUGUCGAUGAUUUCAAGAACAUGGAUUAUAAACAGUUGUUUGCGAGAAAGAUGAAACAGCUUCAAGAGUGGGCAGUUGAGAAGUACUUGGAUUAUGUUGAGUCGAUAUGGCCAUACUACUGUAGAACGAUUAGGUUCUUGAAGAAGGCAAAUCUCAUCUAAAGAUGAAACCAGAGGGAAUUCUGUGAAUUGUGUUUUGUUAUCUUCUAUGCUUAUUCUUUUGCAAUGGUGACUUGCGGGAUUAUUCAAAUUUUUUUUGUUGAGCAUGUUCGUCGGGGAGAAUUAGAGAUUAGGCAUGAGAUAUUGUAUGCUGCAACUUUCAACCUCUUAUUUUUUGGUGAAAUCCUUCUCUGUAUACUAACAUAAAAAGUGGAUGAGAGUGUUACAUAUACACGGCUGUGUGUUUUUGUUA